GUUCUGCACUACUCCACGCUCUCCACUAUGCUGUGGAUUGGAGUGACCGCCAGGAACAUCUACAAGCAGGUGACCAAGAAGGCCCCGCAGUGCCCAAGCGCAGACCAGCCGCAGUACCGCAGGCAGCCCCUGCUCAGGUUCUACCUCAUCAGCGGAGGGGUUCCCUUCAUCAUCUGUGGGGUCACGGCCGCCACAAACAUCGGGAACUACGGGAUGGAGGAUGAGGACUCGGCAUACUGCUGGAUGGCCUGGGAGCCCAGCCUGGGCGCGUUCUACGGGCCGGCAGCCUUCAUUGCCCUGGUCACCUGUGUAUACUUCCUCGGCGCCUACGUCCAGCUGCGGCGCCACCCGGAGCGCAGGUACGAACUCAGGGAGCGGACGGAGGAGCAGCAGCGGCUGGCGGGGCCCGAGGACAGGCACAGCCCCAGGGCCCGGCGGGGAACCCCGCCCGCCUGUGCCGCCCUGGCCCCCUCACUGCUGCAGAACGAGCACUCGUUCAAGGCCCAGCUGCGGGCCGCCGCCUUGACGCUGUUCCUGUUCACGGCCACGUGGACCUUUGGGGCACUGGCCGUGUCUCAGGGCCACUUCCUGGACAUGGUCUUCAGCUGCCUGUACGGCGCCUUCUGCGUGACGCUGGGGCUCUUCGUGCUCAUCCAUCACUGCGCCAAGCGGGACGACGUGUGGCACUGCUGGUGGUCCUGCUGCCCCUCCCGCCAGGACGCCCACGCUGCCAAGCUCGGCCCCCACCCCGCACUCGACGCCAACGGGGAUGCACUGGGGCACGCAGCCUGCCUGCAAGACUCGCCGUGUCCUGGCAAGCCUCGAGGCUUCAGCCACCUGCCCACCAGCCACUGCAAGAUGACCAACCUUCAGGCCGCCCAGAGCCACGUCAGCUGCCUGUCACCAGCCACACCCUGCUGUGCCAAGACGCACUGUGAGCAGCUGAUGGAGGACGCAGCCCACAUCCACGUGCAUGAGGAGGGCGCCUGCGGGCCUGACCCGCACCUGCACAGGUGCCUCCAGGGCAGAACUAAGCCUCACUACUUCAGCCAGCACCGGGCAGCCAUGACCGAGCAGGAGUAUGCCUACCACAUCCCAUCCAGCCUGGACGGCAGCCCCCACAGCUCGCACACAGACAGCCCCCCCAGCUCCCUAGAGGGCCCGGCAGGGGCGCGCACACUGGCCUGCUGCACCCAGGGCGACCCCUUCCCCUUGGUCAGCCAGCCUGAGGGUGGCGACGCCAGCCCCACGCUCUUCGGUGGCCCCCCACAGCCAGGCAGAGAGGCGGCCCGCGGCCCAGCCCACUUUGAGAUGCUCCGGAGGACACAGUCCCUGCCCUUUGGCGGCCCUGGCCAGAAUGGGCUGCUCAAGGGUAACAUGCGUGAGGCCAUGCCCUAUAGCGCCGACGGCACAGGCAACAUCCGGACGGGGCCCUGGAAGAACGAGACGACCGUGUAG